AACCCAGAAACUUAUGAAUUGGACAAGAGCUUCUAGCUAACUAGAUUCACAGAACUGAAUGGCACAGGCUUCAAAGUGCCCCAAGAUGUCCUAUAGAAGUUGCUGCAAUCUUUACAAGAAAACCACUUCCAAGAAGAUGAACAGUUUCUAGGAGGUGUCAUGCCAAGACUUGGCUUUGGAAUGGAUACUUGUGUCAUUCCUUUGAGACAUGGUGGGCUCUCCUUGGUUCAGACCACGGAUUACAUUUAUCUUAUUGUUGAUGACCCUUACACUAUGGGCAGAAUAGCAUGUGCCAAUGUCCUCAGUGAUCUCUAUGCCUUGGGGGUCACGGAAUGUGACAAUAUGCUGAUGCUCCUUGGGGUCAGUAAUAAAAUGACCGACAGGGAAAGGGAUAAAGUGAUCCCCCUAAUUAAACAGGGCUUUGAAGAUGCAGCAGAGGAAACAGGAACAUCGGUAACCGGUGGCCAAAUGGUGUUAAACCCCUUGAUGGUUUUGGGAGGAGUCGCUACAACUGUCUGCCAGCCCAAUGAAUUUAUCAUGCCAGAUAAUGCAGUGCCAGGAGAUGUGUUGGUGUUAACGAAACCCCUGGGGACGCAAGCUGGUGUCGCAGUGCAUCAGUGACUGGACAUUCCUGAAAAAUGGAAUAAAAUUAAAUUAGUGGUCACCCAAGAAAAUGUGGAGAUGGCUUACCAAGAAGCGAUGAUGAAUAUGCCCAGGCUCAACAGAACAGCUGCAGGACUCAUGCACACAUUCAACGCCCAUGCUGCCACCGACAUCAUCGGCUUCGGGAUUUGGGGACUCGCACAGAACCUAGUCAUGCAGCAGAGGAACGAGGUGUCAUUUGUGAUUCACAACCUCCCUGUGCUGGCGAAGAUGGCUGUUGUGAGCAAGGCCCGUGGAAGCAUGUUUGGCCUCAUGCAUGGGAUCUGUCCGGAGACAACAGGAGGCCUUCUAAUCUGUUUACCACCUGAACAAGCAGUUCGUUUCUGUGCAGAGAUAAAGUCCCCCAAAUGUGGUGAAGCUCACCAAGCAUGGAUUAUUGGGAUUGCAGAGAAGGGCAACCGUACCACCAGGAUCAUACACAAACCCCAGAUCAUUGAAGUGGCACCACAAGUGGCCACUCCGAAUGUGAACCCCAUGCCCGGUGUCACCUCUUAA